AUGUUCGCUAUCCAACCUCAGCAACAGUCCUCAGGAUCAGAAGACGCGAAUUUGCCGAAGAACGUUACCCCCAAUAUUCUUCCUUGUCGAAUUCAUUAUGAUGGUCCCGUUGGACCCCUGGGACGCUACUGGAAGUCUGAAUCUGAUGAAAAUGAUACAAACCUACAAACUGCCUACUUCCGCGGCCGUAAGUUGCGAGGCCGACGUGUUGCGAUUCCAGAAGGUUACGAAGGGAUUAUUGCGCUCCCAACAGAGCGUGUGAUGCCAUCGACCCAACGCAACGCAAACUCUACGAUCAGCGAGGAAACGGAACAGGAAGAGCCAGUCAAGAUCCUGGAAAAACAAGCUACUUUCAAUGAAUAUGUGGUGUGGGGUCACGAGCUGACCCCUGCGGCGGACGACUCCUUCGUCAAGGGAGUUGAAGAGUGGCUGAAACUGGCUGAAGUGAUGCAUUGCCAGCCUAGUGACGAAAAGAAAUCUUCAUGA